AAGAUGGCGGCAGAUUUGACUUACGAAGGUUGUAAUUUUUAUCGCCAAAGAUUGAUUCUUUCUACCUUGAGCGGAAAAUCAUUAAGAAUAAAAAAUAUCAGGGCAUACGAUGAUGAUCCUGGUCUUAAAGAUUUCGAGGCUGGAUUCAUAAGACUGCUAGAUAAACUAACCAAUGGUUCAAAAAUUGAAGUCAACGAAACGGGUACAUCAAUAUUUUAUAAACCUGGCUUGCUUAUUGGUGGAACUGUGGAUCAUGAUUGCAGCAUUCAAAGAUCAGUUGGUUACUUUCUAGAGAGUAUUGUUUGUCUAGCUCCAUUUUGUAAAAAACCUCUUAAAUUGACAUUACGAGGUGUAACAAAUGAUGAUGCAGACCCAUCUGUGGAUAUUAUAAAGACAGUAACCAUUCCUCUAAUGAAACGAUUUUUGUUGGGUGAUGAAAGAUUGGACUUGAAGAUUGUAAAGAGAGGAGCUGCACCAAACGGAGGAGGAGAAGUAAUAUUUUCAUGUCCUGUCCGACGGACCUUGAGACCCUUGCAGUUCACAGAACCUGGAAAAAUCAAACGAAUACGAGGAUUGGCAUAUUCUGUACGAGUUUCACCUGCGAUGGUCAACAGAAUCGUUGAUGCUGCUAGAGAAAUUUUAAAUAAAUGCGUAUCAGACAUUUAUAUUUACACAGACCACUGCAAAGGAAGCCAAGCUGGAAGGUCCCCAGGUUUUGGAUUGUCUCUCGUUGCUGAAUCAACGAAAGGAGUUUUAUUAUGCGCUGAAAGUUCAUCAAAACCAGCUACAGAAGGAAAUGUUAUUUCACCUGAAGAUCUUGGAAGACAAACAGCAAUGUCGCUUCUGGAGGAAAUAUACAGGGGUGGCUGUGUGGAUUCAAGACAUCAAUGUUUGCCUUUGCUUUUUAUGGUUCUUGGUCAACGUGAUGUUUCGAAAAUUUUAACUGGACCACUAUCACCACACACGAUACAAUUUCUAAGAUAUUUACGUGAUUUCUUUGGCGUGGUUUUCAAGGUGCAAAGUUUAUCAAAAGAAGAGAGCGAUGAGACAAUGACAGGAUGUGAUACACACAUACUAUUAUCAUGUAUAGGUGUAGGAUAUAGCAAUGUUAGCAAAUCAAUAACAUAAAAUAAUGGUACAUUUAUAGAGAAUAUGGCAUACUUGUCCAAUACACCCAAUGCAACAAUGUUACUAUUUAUUUGAGAGUGAUAGAAAAUACUUCUAAUGGUGAGAGAGAUAAUUAACAAAACUGGAACUUGUUUAAAUAGUCAGAACAAUACCAAGAACAAUUUACAAUCUUUUAGUUGUACAUAAAGCUCCUGUGUCUCUGGAAUGAGGGAAGUGGGAUUUGCCUGACAUUAUUUAACAGGCUCCAAUUAAUUAGCUCUAUCACCAGGAAAGAUGUCUUUAAUACUUCCAAAAUAUGCUUUUAGGACCCUUUAAAUGCCAUUAGGAAACUGAAUCCUUUUUUCAACAUCUCAAUUAGUUAUGUGUCUAUAUAUCCACUACUUCUUUAUCCUUUUUCUU